AUACAUAUAUGUAUAUGAUACUCAGUAUGGCGACCGAAGAGCACAAACGAUUAGCUAAUGUUGUUAAACAAAUUCAUGCUUUAUUACGAAAAGAAUGUGAAAAAUAUGGUCCAGAAAUAGCAUGGAAAAUGCAUUUAAGUCGUAACGACGUUUUACAGAAAUAUGUUAUGUCGAUGAAAGAUCUUGCAACAACUCAUUGGAAAGGCAAUAAUAUGGAUUCUUUGAGCGGAACUUAUUGCAGGAUAGAAUGGAUCAAAUCUCAAUGUAAAGAAUAUUUUUUCAAAGGUGGCAAAGAAAAAUAUUCAAUUAGAGAGUUUAGUAUUAAAGGAAAAAUGGGAGAAUUAUCUGCGAUAGAUAGUAUUAAUAAGAAGGAACAAACUUUCUUGACUUCCGAACAGAAUCAUUAUAUUGAUAAGAAAUUGUUAAAUGAAACGGAGGAAACAUUUCAAAAGAUUUCUAUAUUAGAUGUAGGAAGUUGUUACAAUCCUUUUGAGAUGGAAAAUAUGUUUAAAGUAACAGCUAUAGAUUUGGUAGCUGUUCCACCUAACGUUUUCCAAUGUGAUUUUUUAAGUGUCGAUAUAGGAAGAGAACAAAUCUUUUCUUCAGAUAAAAAACAAAUUUUACAAUUACCUGAACAGUCAUUCGAUGUUGUUGUAUUUUCUUUAUUGCUAGAAUAUAUGCCAUGUCCAAAACAAAGAUAUCUUUGUUGUAGCAAAGCAUAUAAUUUAUUAAAGAAUAAUGGUAUAUUAUUUAUUAUCAGUCCUGAUUCUAAACACAUUGGUGCAAAUGCUAAAUUGAUCAAAUCAUGGAGAUACGUUUUAUCCAAGUUGGGUUUUAUGAGAAUUAAAUAUGAAAAAUUGAGACACAUACAUUGCUUGAUAUUUAGAAAAUGCAUUUACAAAGAAGUUGCGUUAAGGUGGACAAAUAUGCAAACUUUUUCAGAGAGUGAUAUACUAUAUCAAAGCGAAGAUAAAAUUUUUAUUCCUCAAGAUUUUAAGACAGUUGACGAUAAACAUAAUAAUGAAAAUAGUAAUUAUGAUAUAAAUGAUGAUUUACUUUGUUCGUUCAAUGAAUUACCUUUCGCUGAAUUGUAAUAUUAUUUUUGCAUAAGAUUUUUUAUUUUAAUUAUAUCAUAUAUGUAAAAAAAAAGCAAAUCAGGGCAAGCAAGUAAAUGAAACAUAGAAAGAAUUAUUCAUAUCAUUCAAAACUGCCAUAUUACUGAAUUUAUGCGACAUUUUUCAUUUGAAAACCUAUUUAAAAGAAACUUAUAUACUA